UUUCUUAUAGCGCCCCCCCGCCGCCUGUCCUCCGGGGCGCGACGGAAGCGAGCGCAGCGAGUACCGGCUGACGUUGUGUUUGGCGAUUUUUCACCCGCUACCGACGAGUCUCAGUCCGGCUGAAACUACCCUCCCGGAGCCGAGGGGAGCGCCCUCCUUUCCCCAGCGGUUCAAGGGCUUGUCUGCCCCGGCGACACUCUUGCUCCUACACCCUGCUUUGUGAUUUACGUGGCCGGCCGGGUCUGGGGUAAACUGGAUUCGCGUUACGUUGCUGUUGGAUCGGAAAGCCCCUGUUGGGAGAGGUCGGAGCUUUGGGCCGUUUCUUGGAAGAUUAUAAAAUAAUAUAAGGAUCUGCCUGCCACUGCACUGUGGAGCCUGUCCAGCUGUCCAGCAGGGGGCCCUACUGUGAGGACUCUGUAUCCAGUCGGGAGCUCUCGAUGAGCGUGCACAGAUCUUCGAGGCUCCGGAGCCGGGAUGCGGACCGGCACACAGACACCGUCUACCGGCCGGGCCUGGGAGGAGGAGAGGGAGGAGGGUGUGUCCUCAGCAAGCUUGUCCAACUGCCCUCUCCGCCCCUGUCCCGGCACCAGCUGAAGAGGCUGGACGAGCACCGGUAUCGUAGUGCCGGACGCUCCCUGCUGGAGCCCCUCAUGCAGUGCUACUGGGAGUGGCUGGUGGCCCGUGUGCCCGUCUGGAUCGCUCCCAACCUCAUCACCAUCGUCGGGCUUGUCACCAACAUCUUCACCACCCUGGUGCUGGUGUAUUACUGCCCCACCGCCACUGAGCAGGCACCUCUGUGGGCAUACCUGUCGUGCGCCGUGGGGCUUUUUAUCUACCAAUCGCUGGACGCUAUAGACGGAAAGCAGGCGAGGCGAACCAAUAGCAGUUCCCCUCUGGGCGAGCUCUUCGAUCACGGCUGCGAUUCUCUGUCCACAGUGUUCGUGGUCUUGGGGACGUGCAUUGCUGUGCAGCUGGGGACUCACCCAGACUGGAUGUUCUUCUGCUGUUUCGCUGGGAUGUUCAUGUUCUACUGCGCGCACUGGCAGACCUACGUCUCGGGCACGCUGCGGUUCGGAAUAAUUGAUGUGACUGAAGUGCAAAUCUUCAUAAUAAUCAUGUAUUUGCUGGCAGCCAUUGGAGGAUCAGCUUUUUGGCAAUCACCGAUUCCAGUGUUAAACAUCCAAGUGAAAAUCUUGCCUGCUCUUUGCACGGUAGCGGGCGCCAUCUUUUCCUGUACAAAUUACUUCAGAGUCAUAUUUACCGGAGGAGUCGGCAAAAAUGGAUCCACAACAGCGGGAACAAGUGUUCUUUCACCUUUCUUGCACAUAGGAUCUGUAAUCAUACUAGCAAUGAUGAUCUACAAAAAAUCUGCAGUUCAGCUGUUUGAAAAACACCCGUGUCUCUACAUCCUUGCAUUUGGCUUUGUGUCGGCCAAAAUAACCAACAAAUUGGUGGUUGCACACAUGACAAAAAGCGAGAUGCAUCUUCAUGACUUGGCCUUUCUAGGGCCAGGGCUGCUCUUCCUAGACCAGUACCUCAACAGCUUUAUUGAUGAGUAUCUGGUCCUCUGGAUUGCUCUGGUCUUGUCCUUCUUCGAUCUUGUUCGUUACUGUGUCAGUGUUUGCAAUCAGAUUGCCUCACACCUUCAUAUUUUCGUCUUCAAAAUCACGCCCCCGGCCUCCGUCUCCAACCAGCAGGAGCAAAACCACCAUUAGUGACUUUUCUGUGCGAUUUCGGAGACAUGAACUCUCCUCAAGUGAAUGUAAAUCAUAAAAGAGGAUCAUAAGGAAUAAAAGGAGGAGGAGGAGGAUUACGUAAAGAAGAUCAUUUAUAUUUCAAUCACUGUCGUGCGCAAGUUGUCUCGUUUCCAGCAUUGUCUCUUAGUAACCGAAUAGCACUCCUGGUUUUGAGCAAAUUCAAGAAGGAACUCUUCUUUUUUCCCCCCACUGUGCUACUGCCUGAAUGUAGCUUUAGUGGUUUAUCUGUGAGCAGGGAAAGAAAAUAAAAAAACCCUGAAAGGUGGUUUACAGUUAUCAAGUCCUACUCCUAAUAUACUUUCAGCACCACAAUGCAAAUUUAAUUUAACCUUUUUUUUUUUAGCAUUUUGUAAGCAGUUAAGUUAAUCCGGUUCACCUUUUUUUUUUAAUAGUCUUUUCUUCUCAAUGCAUUGUAUAACUGUCUAAGAACAUUGUCUGAAGAUGCAUAUAUGCAGAUCAAUUUUUUUUCAACUACAAUUCUCACAGCAUUCAACAAAUGUCUGUCUCCCUAAGUGUUGACAAGCUUUAGCAAGGGAGAGGAGAACUGGAGGGUUUAUCCGAAUGCCAGCUCUCUCCGCCCAGAGACAGACUCUUAACUAGGCAGCUCUGAACAAACGACCCCUGCUGUUCACUCCAGGGUCACGUGGGUUGUGAUUUCUACCGUCACACACUCCCUUGCACUUCAGUCAAAGUGACUUUGCAGUUAAAGAAAGCCUGAUUUUUAGUAGAAGUGUAAUUAGAAGGUAAAAAGAACUUUUAUUUUAUUUUUUUUUGGUUUGUGUUGGCUGCUACGUGGCCCGAAUGAGCUUCAUUAUGUGGUGCACUCAUUUAUUUUAAUUGCUUUCGUGUUAUUAAUGCUGUUCGGUGGCGAUUUAGUCUCGUCUGUUUUUUGGGUUUUUUUUUUUCUCUCUUCAAAAUAUUGAAAAUAUAUUGAAAAAAACAAACAAAGAGAUGAACACAGUUCUAACCCUGUAACUAAAAAUGUAAUUUUGCCAAUAUUUUGAGUGUGUCUUGUGACAGAGAAAAGGAUGUUUUAUUAUAAGAAUGGAGAUAGGGGGAAGUGUUGUGUUUUUGCCACUUGAAGAAUUUCAAGCGGUUUUGCCAGAAUAGAUCAUAAAACACAGGCAGCUCAAUGUUGUUGUGCUAUUGUUCAUUUACAUACUCUGCUCUAAAAACUUUUCAUAACUGCAGAUAUUUAAUGAACAUUUGUGUGACCUGAGGUGAAACAUUAAGCAUCCAGUAAUUCUUCUCAAAUUAAAAUGCAGAUCAAACCUUUUCCAGUAUCUACACACACACACACACAAAAAACUUAACUCUGAAGAACACGGUUGCAAAUGAUGUAUUAAGACUUCUUUGAAUAGUGAUGAAUCAACAGGUUUUUUAGAUUUAGAUUCUACAAAGCUUUUUAUGUUUUCAUUGUUGUCGUAUAGGAAGGAUUCUGGAAAAAAUGUAACUGCUACAAAAACAAACACUAUAAACAUCACAAAACAUUUUUCAUUUCAUAAUAUAAUAAAUGUCCUAUGGGUUAUCUUUUUGUACCAGGUAAUCAAGAUUUUAAAGUAAAAAACAAACAAAAAUUAAAACAAAAAUGAUUUGGAUCUGCAAUUCUCUAGUUGGUCUGGAAUCUGAUACAGCAUGCUGUUUUUGAUUUAAAAUAUUUUUUUAACUGGAAAAGGUUCAUAACUGCAUUUAUAGCAGGACUGUCAUCUCAGGUAUAAAAUGUUAUGCUAGUAGGUAGGUGUUUAUUACUUAUAAAAAAAAGUAAUUCUAGCUCCCCUUUUAUGUGUUUCAAAUGCUUCCUGUUGUCCGUCAGAUUUCAAUGCCUUUACUUGAACAAACUUGUUUGACAGACGAGUAUAAAAGUGUGACUCAUCAGUGUUAAAUUGCUUCAUAAAUGCUUAGUUCUAGAACCGUGAAAAAAUUUGAAUUGUCAAGUUUUACAAAUUGUCAUUAGUA